AUGCAUAAGGCAGCUAAAGAUAUAAAAGAACAAGAAGCUCAAAAGGAAUCCUUAGGCGAGGCACCGGGUGUUCUUGCUAAGCGAAAUAUAGUGCAGCCUGUGCCGUGGUGUCCUUCACCGCCUGCAGAUAAUGCAGACAUAGAUCCUUCCUGUGAUCCUGAUAACCCACGCAAGAUAAGUUACAACGAUAUAUCGAAAGCAAAUGCUUUAAUACACGAAGAAAUUUCAGAAACCCCGCUAUUGAGAUCCAAAAGUUGCAAGCAAUUUGAAAUGGAAGUUUAUUAUAAACUAGAAAUAUUUCAUCAAACUGGAAGUUUCAAUGAGAGAAAAGCAUUUUACGCGCUGUCAAUGUUAAGCGAAGAACAGCGAAGUCGAGGUGUUAUUACAGCAUCUUUAGGAAACUGGGCUCUGGCUUUAGCUUACUACGGACAACGCUUGAAAAUACCAGUUACUGUGGUGCUUCCAUCAAAUUCAUCAAUUAUCUAUGUAGGAAGAUGUCAUGAAUUGGGUGCAUUUGUAGUCUCAUACGGAGAAAAUCUUGACGAGGCUAGAGGACAAGCCUUCAUUAUGCUUAAAAAAAGAGGACAAGUGUAUAUAAAUGGAUACGAUCAUCCUCAUGUUAUCGCAGCGUCUGGUUCCAUUGGGGUUGAAAUUUUACGUCAGCUUCCGCAAGCUGACGUCAUCAUGGCUCCGGUUGGUGGUGGUGGUCUGCUUGCAGGAGUAGCUGCUGCAGUUAAACACAUGAAACCAGAAAUUUUAGUUUAUGGAAUUGAAUCAAACAAAUCGCGCAGCUUCUUUAAAGCAAUGGAAAAUGACGGACCCCAAAAAACUGCAGUAACUCGAGGAUUAGCAACGUCGUUGGCAGUACCCAUUGCUGGUUAUAACGCUUAUCAUACUGCAAAACCUUUAGUGGAUAAAUUGGUACUAGUUGAUGAUGACUGGAUCGCACGGGCCAUUCUACACCUAGCAGAGGAGGAAAAGCUAGUUGUGGAGGGAGCAGCUGCAGCCAGCCUCGGUGCAUUUAUGGCCAUUCCUGAUGUACUACCAGAAUUGAGACGCAAGUCAGUUGUCUGUAUAUUGACUGGCGGAAAUAUAGAAACAAUAACGUUGUCCCGAUGUUUAGAAAGAGCAAAAGCAAUCGAGGGACGAAUUAUAAAGUUAAGCGUGCGCGUACAUACAAAUGAUCCACAUGAACAUUUACGUGUUUUAAGUAUGAUUGCUAACGUGGGGGGCAACAUAAUUAAUUAUUUAGCCGAGAAAGCUAUGCCCGAAGAGGACGAAUAUGAUAUUAAUUACCUAAAAAUAUUAUGUGAAACAAAAGGUAUAGAGCAUGCUUGUACCCUAAAGAGAGUGAUGGAACGCUUGUUUCCGAAUCAGUGUAAAUUUCUAGAAGAGCCUUUUAGCCCUAUCCCUAUAUGCGCCUGUUUUCCUCGAAGUGAAGAUUUUGAUGAAUUUUGUGAUCCAGACAAUCCCAGGACUAUAACAUAUGACGACGCAGUAAACGCUCAAGGCCGUAUAAGAAAAUAUAUGCCGGAAACACCGUACACUAUAUCGCAUAAACAACGAGACUUUGCAAUGAACAUUUAUUACAAAUUAGAAACUGUUCAGAAAACUGGCAGGUAA